GCCAGAGAGUCGUCGUCGGUGGUCGUCGGCGAGGCACGGGCUACCGCGAGGAGUUUACGUUACCUACCACCCAUCGCGCGAGUUCGCGUUGGACGCGACACGUCGAGCGUUUCGACAGCAGUUCGCGUAAACGAACGAAUUAUUCUAUCCCCUUUUACUCUCUCCGCCUCUUUCUUUCGGCCCUCUCUGUUUCUCUCGGAGCAGUACGUUGUCCCUCUCUGUCGGUCCGCUCGGUCGACUCGCUCUUCUCCGGUUCGACUCUCCAGCUAGCCCAGGGUCGGCCCGUGUGCGCGCGUGCAUCUUCCGAGCGACGUGACAGUCGAGGAAAAGCCGCGGGGAAGAGUGGCGCGGAAGUGUCCGAACCGCGAACAGACCUGCCGAGGUUCUCGCGUCGAGCGUUCUUGUUGUCGUUCUCGGUCUCGUUUUCGCUCGUUGCAAGCAACGGGCAAUUGGGCACGCGAUGGCGGACGAACAGGAGGCAAACAACACGUGCGAGGACUCCCUUGGGCCCGGAGAUGCGACCACCGCUUUCGCUAAAAAGAUCCGCGGACGGAAAGGUGCCCUUAAAAAGAAGAAUGUCUACGUUGUCAAGAACCACAGCUUUAUGCCGCGGUUCUUCAAACAGCCGACGUUCUGUAGCCACUGCAAGGACUUCAUAUGGGGCUUUGGAAAGCAGGGAUACCAAUGCCAAGUCUGUAGCUUCGUGGUUCACAAACGAUGCCACGAAUACGUGACUUUCACGUGCCCUGGAGCUGACAAAGGAGCCGACUCGGACGACACGCGGACGAGGCACCUGUUCAAGCAAUACACGUACAACAGCCCCACGUUCUGUGACCACUGCGGUAGUCUUCUCUAUGGUGUCAUCCACCAGGGCAUGAAGUGCCAAGCAUGCGACAUGAACGUACACAAACGAUGCGAGGAGAGCGUCCCGAAUCUCUGCGGAUGCGAUCACACGGAGAGACGUGGUCGCAUAGACUUGCACAUUUCGUGUUCCGGAAGCAAGCUCACAGUCGAAGUGAAGCAGGGACGGAACCUCAUUCCGAUGGAUCCGAACGGCUUGUCGGAUCCCUACGUCAAGCUGAAGUUAAUCCCGGAUUCGGACAACGUCAAGAAGAAAACAAAGACAAUCAAGUCCUCCUUAAAUCCAGAAUGGAACGAGACAAUCAUUUUCGACCUGAAACCAGAGGACAAAGAUCGGCGACUGUUGAUCGAAGUUUGGGAUUGGGAUCGAACGUCCAGGAACGAUUUUAUGGGAUCCCUUUCCUUCGGGAUAUCGGAGCUGAUGAAAGCACCAGCCAGCGGAUGGUUCAAGCUCCUCACGCAGGAGGAAGGGGAAUAUUACAACGUACCUGUGCCGGAAGAAGGCGUGGAUCUUGCAGAACUAAAGGUCAAGAUGCGAAAAACCUCGGUCACGAAAAAGACCACGACCACUCAAGACAAGGAGGUGCCGCACAACAUGGGCAAGAGCGAUCUGAUCAGGGCAAGCGACUUCAAUUUCCUGAUGGUGCUCGGCAAGGGCAGCUUCGGCAAAGUGAUGUUGGCCGAAAGAAAAGGUACAGACGAGUUGUACGCUAUAAAAAUCUUGAAGAAGGACAUUAUCAUCCAGGACGACGACGUAGAAUGCACCAUGGUAGAGAAACGCGUUUUGGCGUUAUCAAGUAAGCCCCCGUUCCUGGUGCAACUGCACUCCUGUUUCCAAACUAUGGACCGACUCUAUUUCGUGAUGGAGUACGUCAACGGAGGAGAUCUGAUGUACCAGAUACAACAGUGCGGCAAGUUCAAAGAGCCAGUGGCAGUAUUCUACGCGUCCGAAAUAGCGAUCGGUCUGUUCUAUCUUCACGGUCGCGGCAUCGUGUACCGAGAUUUGAAGCUGGACAACGUUCUGCUGGACCACGACGGUCACAUCAAGAUCGCUGACUUUGGAAUGUGCAAGGAGGGUAUCACCGGUGACAAGACCACCAAGACCUUCUGCGGGACACCGGACUACAUAGCUCCAGAAAUCAUCCUGUACCAACCGUACGGGAAGUCGGUCGAUUGGUGGGCGUACGGAGUCCUGCUCUACGAAAUGCUCGUCGGUCAGCCACCGUUCGACGGUGAGGACGAAGAAGAACUAUUCGUCGCCAUCACCGAUCACAACGUCAGCUAUCCGAAAAGUCUCUCGAAGGAAGCCAGGGAAAUUUGCAAAGCGUUCCUCACAAAGAAUCCAGUGAAGAGAUUGGGCUGCGGACUGCGAGGCGAGGAAGACGUACGCAGUCACGCGUUCUUCCGACGCAUCGAUUGGGAGAAGAUAGAGAAUCGCGAGGUGCAACCGCCGUUCAAGCCAAAGAUCAAACAUCGCAAGGACGUGAGUAACUUCGACAAACAGUUCACGUCAGAGAAGACAGAUUUGACGCCCACGGACAAGUUGUUCAUGAUGAACCUGGACCAGACAGAGUUCAUGGGUUUCUCUUUUCUCAAUCCAGAGUUUGUGCAACACGUUUAAACGGAUAGAGUUUUUUCUCGUUAGUUGUAACCUCGCCGUACGUUUCUCCCCGCCAUUUCCUGGGGUUCAUCUUCCUCUUUGCUACUCAGGGCUUUCACCGUCAUCUUCUUUCCCUCUCUUUGUCCCUUCCCCUUCCCUUUCCCCUUUCCCUGUAAACCAACUCUAGACCAUUAAAUUUCCGUUUCUCCGCUUCGUAUUUUGGGUUCCGGUUUUGCUUGAGUUUCGAUUCCGGAAUCGUCACGGGUGCAGCAACAUCCGUCGUGGCCCGAAUGACCCUACGUUGUUGCUUUCCUUCUUCUUCUUAUUAUUAUUAUUAACCUUGUCGAAAAGUCUCACAUUGGCUUUUCGAAAGUAUUUUUUUACCAAAGAAUGGAGAUGUUCGCGCGCGUUGGCAGCGCCGCGAUGGAAUAGGCGAGAAACACGACGUUGAUCGGGAUCGAUGGAUUCGUCGAACGAAUCCGAAAUGGUGGUUAGAUUAUCAAGGAAAGGACGAGAAUAAUACUUUCAAAACGAUCGCGUUGGGAAAUCGUGUUUACCCGCGAUUGGAUGAAAUAGCGAAAGUUUCCUAAUUGCUGUCCUCGUUCUUCGCGUACAUUAUUAUGCAUUUACUUCAGUAGGUUCUACUGUCGCCUUCCAGAGUAUAUAAUAUAUAAUGUGCAGGGUGAUUCUGUUUACUGGGACAGACUGUAUCUUCUUUCUACGUGCAAUUAAAAAAAAAAAUCAUCGUUAAAAGAAAGAUUUAGGAAAAUGUGAAGGCACAAGUGCAAUAUACACUUCUUGUUGAAGGGGUUUUGCAUAUUAAAAUAUUAAAGUGUGACUUUACGAGAUAUUUUAUAUUUUACACUGAGAAAAUUACUUCAUUCGAAUAUAAUUUUGCAAAUGCGGUUUUAUUCGCUAUUCAAGCCUCCAAUAAGUUGACAUAGUGUUAGAUAUCAUGUGUAACUUUAGAGGUUAUGUGCAAUUGAAGUCCAGUGGUUGUUGAGAUCAUUGAACAUAAAUGGUCAAAUUUAUAAUCUUUGUGUCUUUGUGUCUGCGAAUACACUUUGUCUUUUUAAUUAGGUAUAACAGCAUGUAACGAUUAUACCUGAUCGUAAUAUUCAGUGUGACACAUCUAUGGCAAUCAUUCGUUUUAACUGCAUUUCACAAAUGCACGGAACAUAUCAAUUUUCUCAUUAUAAAUGAAACCUGUUACGUGUUUCAAACCGGUCAAUGCAAUUAUGAAGGAAAAUACGGGAAACAAAAACACUCGACACUCCGAUCGAUCACGAACCGAAUGAAAUGUGUUUACGGUGCUGCAUUGUUUACGUUCACCCGUAGUCACGGUCAACGGUGCUACGUGCCUAGCAUUAUAAAUGGCAAUUGCAAAUGGCGGUGCUUGAAUGUACACAUAAAUUACGAAAUAUCUCGUAUUUUGUUUUCAAUCGUCGUACUUUAAUACUUUUAUAUGCAAAAUGUGCGAGGAAGAUCGAUUUAUGCAAAUAAAUAUUGGUACUUUUGUUUACAGUUUUAUUUAAAUUAUGACGAGCAACGGAGAUGGGCGGUAUUUUAUUCGAAUAACAGACGACGAAUAUAGAUAUACAUAAAUUUCUACAACGUUUUAUUAGAUUUAUAAUUUUUAGCGAACAAAUAGAUAGAUUUUUACCCAUCUCUGGCAAAUGUAUAUUUCUUUUUACUUCUACGCGUUAAUUUUCUUUUUUUCACUCGACACUGCAUUUCUUAAUGUAUGCAAUCUUGGUACAAUUAAGACGUAUUAUUAUUAUUACUAUUACUGUUACUGUUAUUAUUAUCAUUAUCAUUAUCAUUAAUAUUAUUAUUACCAUUAUUAUUAUUAUUGUUAUUGUUAUUGUUAUAGUCUUAACUACGGCGUACGAUUGUUUCCCCCUACAAAUGUUUUGUGUCCCCGCGUAAACCAGAGUUACAGACUGUUCCCACUUUGUAGAAUCAGCCUGUACAUUUGAUGAACGAAUGAAUAUAUAUUAUUAUAUAUACGCAUACAUUGUACGUAUACAAACACUUACACUACUACGAUCUAUUACACGUUACACAGAAAUUUCUUAUCGGUAUUUCGUUAACGUUGCACUCCUCGUCGAUUUAUUCUUCGUAAGUAGUAGAGAUACGUACGUAGAAACGAGCCCUUAGAUGCUCAGCUCUCAUGACUGGUUGAAAUUUCAUUGGCGAUUCGGACAUUCGAUUCGUAUCGUCCUACAUAUAAUACGUUUACGCUCACCGUAACACUCGUACAGUGCUCGGUGCAUGCAUACACACGCACACACACACACACACACACAAAACUUUACACAUCACACGAAGAAAAUUGUAAAAUACAAACCACGUUUGUUCUCUGAAAUUGAUUGGUCGCCGAUACGUCGGUAUAUAAAAUUGACGACUAUAAAUAUAAUAAUUUGUUGCGAGGCGAGGAUACGUCGAGUCGUUGAUGGCUGUUACGGAUAAUUGAUGCUGGCGGAAGAUUAUCGUACGCUUUAGCAGUCAUGAAGAUAAUAAACGAAUUACGCCCGUUUGUCCGUUCAAUCGGACGUUGUCCUUUCUAGUUUCUAUUACUCGUUAGCUCUCAUUCGCUUCCCCUGUUAUUAAAAUAUUUUUCCAUUUCGCCUAGCGAUGGGACCGACGUGUAUUUCAAACCGUCAAGCGACAAAUAAUUGCUUUCCCUAAAAUUGACGUUUAUUUUUCUAUGCGUUGUAUUCGGAAACACGUUAUUAAACAGGGGGAAAAAUAGCUUUUCAGUCUGUAAAUUGUUCUAGUGAAAAGUUGUCAGCAUGGACCGAGUGGCGUGUGGAUGAGAUCGAUUAUGUACUCUUUAUUGUCUCUUAUACUAUCAUAGGUUCGAAAUCGAGGUAUGACAAUAGGAACAUUAUACAUCUUAGAUAUUUCACAUAUCUUGAACAAUCCCCACUAGGAGUUAAAGCAUUGGAUGUUUCUUCAUUUCCACGCUAUAACCUAAAAAAAUACCAAAGACGACAGGUUAUGUGGAAACAAUUGGCGCUGCGUCGGCGUGUUAAUCCCAUCGCUAGUUUGACCGUCUCGUUUUCGACGAGCUUGUCAAAAUAAAUUCGUAUACAGGUUUGCGAACAGCAAACUAUAUUCUCCGUGUCUUCUUUGUGUUUCCCUUCGUUUGCGUAUCUUCGUGUUUUCCAUUGAUUCGAAACCGUGGAAGGGCCUCGGUGUUUCCUAAAAUGCUCUUCUCGUGCCUGAAAUCCUCGCUCCAGUGAUAUACGCCUUUUUAUCGAGCCUGUCUCGGCUCGGAACGUCGAGGACGAGAACAGACCAAAGGACAAUAUCGAGUCUGAGAAUACGAAAAAUGGUAAAGGAAACUCAUCUCCGCGUACUGUUCUCCUCCUCGAAUUUCUCUUUUUUAGUCGGCUUGCCCGCCGACGCUCGAUAGUAGGAUUAAUUAUUGAUUCUCGAUUAAUACGCGUUAUUGUCGUAGAGGUAGUUGACCAGCCUGUCGACUUCAGACGGACGUAUCCUUUUUUAUACACUUCGUGUCAGAGACUCGUCGAGCGAUGACCAGCCGUUCAACGGUAGAAUCUGACGAAAAAGACAAAUUGUUUGUCCGACAGUAAUGGGAACGAUACAAUUGUGUAUCGACGAUGUCUACCAAUUCGAUACCAAAGUACUUAAGAGAGAAUAUUCGAAGGUAUCGAAAUAUCAGGUACUUGGUAUCCAUUUCUAAUAAAAAUGCUUUUGUAAUGAAUACGUGACUGAUAACAUCGUAUAGUACCGAAUAUGCAUUGAUAUUAUCAUAGUGUGUCGCAAAAAAGAAAAAAAAUCGGGUAUGUAAUAAGCAGUGCAAGCAGAAGGAUAACAUUUUAAGUCACUAUAAAAUCUAAUCGGUAUAAGUAAUUACACUGUUGUCUCUCACGUUGUCACAGGUUCUGGUUCGGGUUACGACAAUCUAUACGACUUUACAGAGAGUCUCUCAGUAUGUCAUAGACUUGGAAUCGACCUGUGACAACCUGAGGGACAGUUAGGCGAAAUUUAAUCGAUGUUAUUUCUUUCGUUAGUUUCACUUUAUAUACAGUAUUACCUCUCAGCAUGUCACAGACCAAUGACUGUGUUGUGACAACUUGGGAGACGUGUAGGCGAAAUUUAAUCACUGUCAUUUUUCUGACUCUCUCGAUAUUAUGUAAUAUUAUUGCUGCUCAAGUCCGAACUGAGACAAUCUAAAGAUUAGGUGGGCGAAAUUUAAUCGCUGUUACGUGUUUGAGUCGCUUUGGCUUUGAAUACGUUGGAGACACGAGUAAAAAUCGCUCUAAGAGAUAUAGUCAAACUGUAGCGGUAAUAAUCUAAAUAUAAUUGAAGUGAUAAUUGAAGUUAGGUUCAAAAAUCAUUUCAGCCGCAUAUACACACUAUACUAAUCAUAUUUUCGCUCUUCGUGUAUACUGCAUAUUUGUAUUAUUAAACAGGGUAAGCAACAAAGACGUUAAUAAACAAAUCAAUAAUUAUGUGACAACUUGAGAGAAAGUACUAUAUUCGAAGUUGUAUCUGCAACUAUUUGUUUCAUACCGAUAAAACGUUGUUUCUUAUUUUCGAUACAUUUACGAUAUUAUCAAUGCCGACUCGGUAUAUACAGGGUGUUCGACCAAUCCUGGGAAAAAUUUUAAUGGGAGAUUCUAGAGGCCAAAAUAGGAGGAAAAUCAAGAAUACCAAUUUGUUGAUGGAGGCU